UUGAUUUCAAGGUUAAAUAAAAAACAAAAGAGGUUUAUGGUAAUUUCUAAUGUUUUCACAAAUAUUAUCGGUUGAAUAUUUUGAAAAGCAUUGAGUUUGUGGACACAACACGACUGUUUGAUGAUGCAUUUCAAAAUAUUUAGAUGUAGUAACGUGCGGUGAUGAUGUUAUGAAAAUGCAUUUGUUGAAUGUUUUAAAUCUACUCAAAUUAUUUCAACAUGGUUCAGUUACGUUCGUUUCAUCAUUCGACGUGUCUGUGCUGAACUGGGAACUCGCUCUGAUGGAUUUAUUGGCGAUGACAAUUAUACUGGUUGGUUUAACCAACGUCAUUGCGACUCCGUGUUGCGAGCACGGUCAUAAAAAUUGCACUCGUAAAUUACGACAAGAUUCACCACCGAAACUGGACCACCUUUCUAACAACGGGUCCAGCACACUAACAUCGUACAAGAAGAGUACAUUAAAACCGAUCGCAGAAGAUAAACUAAAGAAGGAAACCGCGACCGAGGGAAGAACGAGGAAGAAACUGAAGAAGUUAAAAGAUAAUAGAGAAGACUGGGAGGAAUUAGUUAUUGGACAAGAAGACGCGGAGGUGCUGGACGGUGCUAUGGAUAGAGAGGAUCAUGCGACGCAUUAUCUAACGGAGUUAUUGCCAAUUCAUAUAGACGAAGAAAACGAGAGAAUGGAAGAUAUACUACAGUUUUGAAGUUCUGAGAGAAAAAAACACAUUUAGAAUACUUUCAAUUAAAAAAAGUAUACAUAUUAAAAAUCUUCAAUAAUAAAACAGGC